AUGGGGUCAACGAGUGGGCCGCCACCGUCCGUUCGAGAGUAUAAGCCCUUCGUGAACUCCGGCGCCGCGAGGACUUCGAAAGACUUGGAGGCUUCACAAGACCAAGACGGCGCCACGACAACGUCAUCACGUCACGAUCUCCACGUCAUCGCGGCAAGGGUUUCGUGGAGGGGAGGCCGCGGGUGUUAUCACCUUUUCCCUUCCGUCUCUUUCUCUGUCUUGUCUCCUCAGGUCAAUGGAGGAGGAGCACAAACGGACGGGAGGUCGAGGCUGGAGGAACGAAACCUAGGGUCAACGGAGGAGGAGCACAACGUACGGGAGGUCGUGGCUGGUGGAACGAAACCAAGGGGCACGCGUGCAACAUUUCCCUCCUCCCUCCUCUCCCUCUACCGCUUCUUCUCCUCCCACCUCGGCAUCUCCUCCCCUUCCACUGUCGCUUCCCUCCUCGCCUCUCACCCUGCCCUCCUGCGUUCCGAUCCCACCAAUGACCUGCUGCCACGUGUCCAACUUUUACAGUCGUACGGCAUUUCCCAGGCCAUCAUUGUCCACGUCACCAUCACGAAUGCGUCUUGGCUCCGAAGCUCCCUUCCCCAAAUCCAGGGGACAUGUGAGUUUAUCCUGGCUCGGGGCGUCCGCCGAAGCAAGCUAGGUAUGGUGAUUCGGGGCGCGCCGUACCUCAUCCGCUCGCAGGCUCGUUCAACGAACCUAGACAUUCUGGUGGAGGCAGCAGGGAUUCCCGAGGAAAAGCUGGGUGUGAUUAUAGAGAGGUGCCCGAAUAUCUUAUGUCGAAGCAAAGAAUCCAUACAGGAUCAAAUCAAGAUGUUGUCAGACUACCUAUCAGAUGGAUUGGAAGAGAAGGGGACAGAAGGGGAUACCGCCAGCAGCAGAGGACACCUGAAGCAAUACCUGAAAAAACACCAGAAUCAGCAACGCCUAGACAAAAAGAUCCUCCUGACGAGGCUUCUCCUGAACUACCCUCGGAUCCUCCUCUCCUCUUCUGAACGUAUCUCAGCCAACCUCCGCCUCCUGCAGUCCUUCACUCCCCCUGAUAGCCCCUCCAUUGCCCUCCCUGUUCUCCGCCACGCUCCUUCUAUACUAAACCUCGGAUCGGAGAAUCUUUUGGCUAAGCUCCAGUUCUUUGUGGAGCUGGUGGGGAGAAAAGCAGCAGGGAGGGUGGUUAGUAGUCAUCCGCUGGUUUUGACUCUGUCUAAGGAGAAUUUGGAGGGUAAGGUGGCGGUUCUGAGCGGUUUAAUUGGGCCGGAGAAUGCAGCACUUGCAGUGGCGCGAUUCCCGCUGCUGCUGACUUCUGGGGAAGAGACUAUGAAGCAGAACUAUGCAGAGCUUUUGAGGGAGUUUCAAGAGGCGUUGGGACGGGGAGGAUGGGAGGAGGUUGAGAUUGAGGGACUGGAGACAGGUGGGAUUGGUGAAGGGAAUGAGGGGGAUGGAGAGUACAGGGUGCAAAAUGGAAAACACGAAGGUGCUUUGGGCGUGGCUGAAGGUUCAGUGAAUGGAGUGGAGGAGCUAGCACGCAAGUUGGUGGUGAAUCUGACUCUGAAAUCCCCGCAAUGCAUUUAUUACAGCUGGGAUGGGAACAUGAGGCACAAGGUAGAGUACUUGAAGCGGGAAAUGAGGCUCUCUAUAAUGGAGGUGCUUGCCUUCCCUCCAUUUCUGGGGUUUAACCUGGAUCGGCGAAUCAAGACGCGACAUGAGGCGCUGCUGGGAUUGGGCUAUGAGGUUGUGUCCUAUAAAACGAUGGCUCGUCGGAAGCUCAGCAGCAAUCGGAAAGGGGCAGCGAAGAAAGAUGAGGAGAGGGGGAAUCGGGAGGAGCAUGUGGAUGGGGAGGGGAAGGAGGGUCGAGCAGAUGUGGGGAAUGGGGAGGAUGAGUGGCAAGAAGAGGAGGGUGGGGUGGGGAGUAGUGGGUUUCUGGUACGACCAUCUCUUGGCAAUGACCAGCCAAGUGGAAGAGGGUUCGAGAGCCAAGGCGUGUCACAGCAACAGGUGAAGAAGCUAAUGUGUUUGUCUCAGUUCCUUAGUUGUACUGAUAAGCGCUUCAAGGAGAAGUUCAUGAUGACCGGAAAAUAG